CCGCGAGAGGGCGAAGUGUCCCACUUCCGCGGCCCUUCUCGAACCGGCAAAUGUGAGAGGAAUAGGAAACGCACGUCACUCUUUCGGCGGGCAGUCUGGGUGCUCCGUUAGAGUGUGUAGGUUCGAACUCCUGCUGGACGUGGGCCGGCGUAUACCAGUGGCAUUGGGGAUUAAUAAUCGACGUAUGACCUCAGGGGCCUUUCUUGAGGUGCUUGAUCUACUGAAGACAAUUACACUCACUACACAACAGGAUUAACGGGCUGCUUUGACGUUUGCACGAGACAUUGAAUGGACAUGCAUGGUUCUGGGAAAGUGCUCCUGUGCCUGGCCUGCUUCGGGCUGCACCUCUUUGCGGACACGGCAGCAAACCCAAGUAAUGGAAGUGUGCACUUGGAGCAAAGGGCCACAGACGAUGUACCGCUGUUCUUGACACGAUACAUACUGAACGGGAGCAUCGACGAAGCCCAGAGAAGGAGCAAGGUGGACCUGUUCGAAAGUCACGUAGGAGCGAAGGCGCACUCGGGUUACGUCACCGUCAACGAGAGCACCGGAAGCAACUUGUUCUUCCUCUACAUCAAGGCUGCCAAUAACCGAAGCGGCGAGACGCCGCUGGUUCUGUGGCUCGAAGGCGGUCCCGGCAAGUCAGCGCUGUUCGGCCAGUUUCUCGAAAGCGGACCGCUGGGUAUCGGCGCUGACGGACAGCUCUAUCGGCGACGGCCGACGCUCCAGGAGGAAGCGGACGUCGUCUACCUAGACCAGCCCGUUGGGGCCGGCUACAGUUUCACGAGGGACCGUCGGGGUUUCGCCCGCACCCUGGACGACAUCGCCGGCUCGAUCGAGGAGUUCCUGCGGCAGUUCCUCGUGCUGUUUCCAGAGAACAGAAAUAGGCGCUUCUACGCGGCCGGAGAGUCGUACGGCGCUCGAUCAGCCCUUGGGAUCGUGAAUCGUCUGCAAGUUAACCGGAGCCUGCCACUGAGAGUAUCGGGGGCGAUCCUCGGAGUUCCAUUCGUUGCCCCUCUUCUGGACCUCAUGGACUCUUCGGACUACCUGUACAGCACCGGACUCAUCGACGGCCGAGGGCACCAACUCUUCGCCGAGCGCUUCCAACAGAUCAAACUCGCCGCCGGGGUCAACCGCACGAUAGCCGCCGCGCUACUUCUGAAGACAGUGUUCAACGCCAAUUUCGACGACGAGCCGAGCCUUUACGAGCAGCUCACGGGCUACACGGACCACGGAAGCGUGCUGCGAACAAAACCGGAACCGCAAACGCUCAAGUACCACGAGUACGUCACGAGCGACGCCUUUAAGAGGGCCAUUCACGUCGCCGGAGCGAUGCCACUGGAGGCCCAAAAGCUGGCUUUGGGACUGAGCCUGGCGCAGAGCGACUACUUCACCGACAUCAGCGACACGUUCGCCAAUGUCCUCGACUCCAACAAGGUGCUUCUGUACACGGGGCAGAUGGACACGGUCUUUCCGGCGGUGAACACGGACCGGUAUCUGCGUCAGUUGAAGUGGAGCGGUGAGCGCGAACUCGCGAACGCGCAGCGGGAGGCGUGGUACUCGUUCGCCGAUGCCCACGUGCCAGCGGGAUACGUGACACGCGCACGAAACUUGACCUACGUGCUGGUCUCUCGUGCCGGCCAUCACGCCACCUUCGACAAGCCUGAAGCGCUAUUCGAUCUCAUGUACAGCUUUAUUCACGGCAGAAAAUACAGAGCGUCGUGAGUGUGCUGUAUACCUGAGCAUUCUUGUAUUUGCCACUGUGUUCGCUGUGACAGUCUCUCGUUCUG